AUUCAUCUCACACUCUCCUUCACUCUUCUCUCUACACGCAAAAAAUGGAUUCGAACAUUGAAGAAAACCUAAACAACCCUGAAACAAAAUCCGCAGAAGAAGAAAACCCACUCGCCAUUAUCCAUUCUUCUCUACCAAUCGCAUCUCUUUCUCUAACCUUGUUCCCCACAUCUACUCAAUUCCUCAAACUGUUUUCUCAUCACCCAAACAAGGUUAAGAUCCCUACGCAGGCCUCUUCUCUCACUCAUCUCUCUCUUUCUUCUUCUCUCUCUCCUUUACCUUCCAGAAUCUCUUUCAAAUCCACCAUCGCUGCUAACCCUCUUCACUCCCCUCUCUCUAUCGUCCCUCGUCGUCCCGUUGAUCCUUCCUCCGCCGCCGCUCUCCGCCGUGCUGCUGUCGUCUGGUUCCGCAAUGACCUCCGUGUCCACGACAACGAGUGUCUCAACUCCGCCAACGACGAGUGCGUCUCCGUUUUGCCCGUUUACUGCUUCGACCCUAGGGAUUACGGGAAAUCCUCUUCCGGGUUCGACAAAACGGGGCCUUUUCGAGCCCAGUUUCUGAUUGAGUCCGUCUCGGAGCUCCGGAAGAAUCUCCAAGCGAGAGGGUCGAAUCUAGUUGUCCGUGUCGGGAAACCUGAAGCUGUUUUGGUGGAAUUGGCUAAGGAGAUUGGGGCAGAUGCUAUUUAUGCUCACAGGGAAGUGUCUCACGACGAGGUUAAAGCGGAAGGGAAGAUAGAGACGGCGAUGAAAGAGGAAGGCGUUGAAGUCAAGUAUUUCUGGGGAAGCACUCUCUAUCAUUUGGAUGAUUUGCCCUUCAAAAUUGAGGACUUGCCGUCAAAUUACGGAGCUUUUAAGGAUAAAGUCCAGAAAUUAGAGAUUAGGAAGACAAUCGCAGCACUUGAUCAAUUGAAAAGCUUGCCCUCUCGAGGAGACGUUGAGCUUGGCGAUAUUCCUUCUCUCCUUGAUCUUGGCAUUAGCCCCACUGCUAGAACCAGCCAGGAGGGGAAACCGACAAUGGUUGGAGGAGAGACAGAGGCGUUGACUAGACUAAAGAGCUUUGCAGCGGAUUGUCAGGCUCGUUUGAGCAAGGGAAGCCAGAAAGGAGGCAACAACAGUGUCUUUGGUGCAAACUUCUCUUGCAAGAUAUCACCUUGGUUAGCCAUGGGAAGCAUCUCUCCUCGUUCCAUGUUCGAUGAGCUGAAGAAAACAAUCUCUGCAUCAACAACCACCACAACUCCAAGGAACGGACCGGGAGAUACAGGACUCAAUUGGUUAAUGUAUGAGUUGCUCUGGAGGGAUUUCUUCAGGUUUAUAACCAAGAAAUACAGUUCAGCGAAGACGCAGGUCGAGGCUGGUCCGGCUACAGCCUGUACCGGUGCCUUUGCUUAAACCUUUGAAAACUUCUGGUGACCGGAAAAGUUAGAACCCAUCUGUUUUUUGCCCUACUCUUGGUGUAUGGUGAAUCUAUUCGCUAUCUGGACAGGACUUAACUGCUCACUUUUGAAACUUGAGUGUCUGGAGAAUGAAUUAUAAGCUUCUUU